AACCAGCUGUAGCUAAAUGUGAUCCUCACUGCUCAUCACAUCCUUCAUGUUCUCCUGUUUAUCUUUGGGUCUUUUUUAUUUGAUUUCUCGGCUGCCGGUGUCACAGCUUGGACGCCUCAUGGUGAGGAGAAAUGGAAAACAACUUUCACCCUGCACCUUUACUUUGAAUCUAAACACUCUGGAUUGUUUUUGUGCAACAAUGGAGGGAUUCUUCUUGUAGUUGGAUGACUCAUUAAGGUUCUCCCCCCCACUACCACCACCCUGGAGAUUGCUGGAUAUAGAUUUCUAUUUUUCCCCCCCCGUUCCACCUGUGUGUGCCACCUCUCAGAUACUCUGCAGAAAAUCUGUCGGUGACUUUUAUGGAGUGUGAAAUUUCUGCAGCAAGUGCGAAGUUUGGAGCAGCCGAGUGAGAAGACAAAGCAUGGCCGAUGGACGAGCCACCGAGAGCUGCUGAACGCUUCUGUCCCGGGAGGACGUCCAGAUAUGACCACAGUGUCCAUGGAGCCUGUGGGAGUCUUCUCGGAGAGGGGCACCAACGCCACCGACUCACCCCUGAACGUGCAUGAGGACUCGGCCGCCACCUUCACCAUCGGCACCAUCCUCUCCAUCAUGUGCUUCAUGGGAGUGACCGGGAACAUCUACACCCUGGUGGUCAUGUGCCACUCCAUGAGGACUGCAGCCUCCAUGUACAUCUACAUCAUCAACCUGGCUCUGGCGGACCUGCUGUACCUCCUUACCAUUCCCUUUGUGGUGUGCACGCACUUCCUGAAAGGCUGGUACUUCGGGGACGCCGGGUGCCGGAUUCUCAUCAGCAUGGACUUGACCAUGCAUGCUAGCAUCUUCACGCUCACCAUCAUGAGCACGGAGCGCUACUUCGCCGUUCUCAAGCCGUUGGACACGGUCAAGCGGUCUAAGAGUUACCGGAAAGCCAUCGCCUUGCUGGUGUGGUUAGCGUCUCUCAUCCUGACCCUGCCGAUGAUCGUGAGCAUCCAGAUGAUGACGGUGGGCAACAAGGCGAUGUGUCAGCCCACGUUGUCUCCGCUCUCCUACAAGGUUUACAUCUCCUUCCUGUUUUGCACUAGCAUCGUGGCGCCCGGGCUGAUCAUUGGCUAUCUCUACAUCCAGCUGGCACGCACCUAUUGGGUUUCCCAGACGGAGACGUUCAAACAAACCAAGAAGCUGCCCAAUCAAAAGGUGCUGUACCUGAUCUUCACCAUCGUGCUCCUCUUCUGGGCUUGCUUCCUGCCCUUCUGGAUCUGGCAGCUGCUGGGUCAGUUCCACCCGUCCCUGCCCCUGUCCACCAAAGCCAAGCGCAACAUCAACUACCUGACCACGUGUCUGACGUACUCCAACAGCUGCAUCAACCCCUUCCUCUACACGCUGCUCACCAAGAACUACAAGGAGUACCUGAGGAAGCACAAGCGCUCCUGGUCGGCCGGCAGCUACUUCAACCGGAGGAGUCGCUUCCAGCGUUCGCCGCGCAGGUCACCGUCGUCCAGCAGCCAGCAGUGCACCGAGAGCUUCAUGCUCACACACACUGCCUCCCUGCGAGCACACAACAGCAGUUUGUAAGGUAGGGGAAGGUUUUUCUGACUGAUAUUGACAAAAGCAACAGCAUGACAACCACAUUUCCUCAAACGACAGACA